AUGGAAACCACACGGUCUGGGAAUAAAAAUAGGGUCCUGCCUGCGUGGAUGACAGCCCAGGUGACAGAGAAGAGAGUGGUGUCAGCAAAGAGCCCUAAGAGGAGGAGAACGGCAUCGGCAACCAGACUUUGUGCCACGAGGACCGUGUACUGCAUGAAUGAGGCAGAGGUCGUCGAUGUUGCCCUGGGCAUCCUGAUCGAGGGCUGCAAACAGGAAAAGCCUUCGGAGCAGAAGGCCCUGGCCGGAGCUGAUAAGCCGCAGCGCCCCGCCACUGGCGUGAGGUCACCGUGUUCUCCUGGGGGCAAAAGUGAAGACGAGGACAAUGGGCAGAACACCCUUCCCCCCAGCCCUGGCCCUUCCCAGGGGCCGCGGGGGUCCGACUCUACCCACAGCCAGAGCCGGGAGGAAGAGGAGGAUGCCUUGAAGUAUGUCAGGGAGAUAUUUUUCAGCUGA